AAUAUUUGUCCCUAUCCAGGCCCUAAUUUUUAGAGAGCGCCAUGGGAUUCAAGGAUGAGCACUCCUUCGAUAGCAGACUCGCCGAAUCGUCGAAAAUUCGACAGAAGUACGCUGAUAGGAUUCCGGUGAUCGUGGAGAAAGCUCCGAGAUCCAACUUACCAGCCAUGGACAAGCCCAAAUAUCUCGUCCCCGCGGAUCUGACUGUGGGGCAGCUCGUGUACAUCAUAAAUCGCAGGCUCAGCUUGUCCCCAGGCCAGGCGCUCUUCAUCUUCGUCGGAAAAGUAUUGCCACAAACAGGAGCCAUGAUGAUGUCGAUCUACAACGAUUACAAGGACAAGGAUGGAUUCUUAUACGUAACUUACAGCGGGGAGGAAGUAUUUGGAGGAGAAACCAUAUAAAAGAAAUCAAAGACAAACAUUGUAAAUGAAGAAAUUUGUACAGAUUUAUAUUGAUCUUUGUGUUCAUGUUA